AUGGUUGCCAACGAGCCUCAUCUAUGCUUCCGCUCCUUUGUUGAGGCUCUCAAGGCUGAUAACGACUUGGUGGAGAUCAACGAUCCCGUUGAUCCCUAUCUUGAAGCCGCCGCGAUCACUCGCCUUGUCUGCGAAACCGACGAUAAGGCCCCUCUUUUCAACAAUGUAGUCGGCGCACAGAACGGCCUGUUUCGCAUCCUUGGUGCUCCAGGCUCCCUCCGAAAAUCCCCCAAGGAUCGCUAUGGCCGACUUGCCCGUCACCUGGCUCUGCCCCCUACGGCAUCGAUGAAGGAUAUUCUCGACAAGAUGCUAUCCGCCAGCGAGAUGCCUCCAAUUGCACCUCAAAUCGUCCCCACUGGUCCCUGCAAGGAGAACGUUUUGGAAGAGAGCCAAAUUGACUUGACCAAACUCCCCGCCCCUCAAAUUCACCAGGCUGAUGGAGGCAAAUAUAUUCAAACCUACGGAAUGCAUAUCGUUCAAUCCCCUGAUGGAUCGUGGACCAAUUGGUCCAUUGCCCGUGCUAUGGUCUCUGAUGAGAAACACCUGACUGGCCUGGUCAUCGAACCGCAGCACCUCUGGCAAAUCCACCAGAUGUGGAAAAAGGAAGGCCGGGAUGUGCCUUGGGCUCUGGCCUUCGGUGUUCCCCCUGCGGCCAUCAUGGCAUCCAGCAUGCCCAUCCCAGAUGGUGUCACGGAAGCCAGCUAUGUCGGUGCCAUGACCGGAUCCGCCUUAGAACUAGUCAAGUGCGAUACCAAUAACCUUUACGUGCCUGCUACUUCCGAAAUUGUUUUUGAGGGCACCUUGUCAAUCACUGACAAAGGGCCGGAGGGGCCGUUCGGAGAAAUGCAUGGAUACGUUUUCCCUGGUGAUACUCACUUAUGGCCGAAAUACAAGGUGAAUCGCAUUACCUACCGUAAUGAGCCAAUUCUACCCAUGUCAUCCUGUGGUAGGCUGACGGAUGAGACUCAUACCAUGAUUGGUGCCUUGGCUGCUGCAGAGAUCCGCAAAAUUUGCCAGAAGAGCGGCCUUCCUAUUACGGAUUCAUUCUCGCCAUUUGAGUCACAGGUCACCUGGGUUGCUCUUAAGGUGGAUACUGCUCGCCUUCGGGAGAUGAAGACCAAUUCCAAGGAGUUUUCCAAGAAGGUCGGAGAUGUGGUAUUUAACCACAAGGCCGGGUACACCAUCCAUCGCCUGGUUCUUGUCGGCGACGACAUUGAUGUCUCCAACGGCAAAGAUGUCAUGUGGGCCUUCUCGACCCGCUGCCGCCCCAAUUGUGAUGAGACCUUCUUCGAGGAUGUGCGUGGUUUCCCCCUCAUCCCGUACAUGGGCCACGGCAAUGGAUCGCCCACCAUGGGUGGCAAGGUGGUCUCGGAUGCCCUCAUGCCAUCUGAAUAUACGACUGGUCAAGAUUGGGUCGCUGCAGACUUCAAAAACUCGUACCCUGAGGAGCUUCAGAAGAAGGUUUUGGAAAACUGGACCAAAAUGGGAUUCCGAGAGGAGUAA